AUGGCUGUCAUGCUAUCUGAAGCUGUUGUUAUGUACGAAAUUAAAGUGUCAAAAUAAAUCGUGAAUUCAUUUCUAAUUUCUAUUUAUCGAUUAGAUUAGGACAAUGAUCAAACUGUUUUCUUUAAAGCAACAAAAAAAAGAUGAAGAAGGGUCUGCAAGGGCAGGCGGUUCACAAAAGAAAGCAUCGGCGGCACAACUGCGGAUUACAAAAGACUUGAAUGAAUUAAACCUGCCCAAAACAUGUAACACAGAAUUCCCAGACCCAGAUGACCUACUUAAUUUCAAAUUAAUCAUAUGCCCUGAUGAAGGUUUUUAUAGGGGAGGCAGAUUUAUAUUUAGUUUUAAGGUAGGACCAAACUAUCCUCAUGAACCACCUAAAGUUAAAUGUGAAACAGCUGUAUAUCAUCCCAACAUAGACUUGGAAGGCAAUGUGUGUCUCAACAUACUCAGGGAAGACUGGAAACCUGUGCUAACAGUAAAUUCUAUAGUGUAUGGACUACAAUAUUUGUUCUUGGAACCAAAUCCAGAAGAUCCACUAAACAAAGAAGCGGCAGAUGAACUUCAAAGCAACCGACGAUUAUUUGAGCAGCACGUUCAGCGCGCGAUGCGCGGCGGAUACGUCGGCUCCUCGUACUUCGAACGGUGUCUCAAGUGAUCCGCCUUAUAACACUGUAAAUUAAUGCUACCAACCCUAUAUAAAUAAAACAAUCUCAAUAUAUUCUUUAA